AUGACAGGCGGUGUGGCGGAAGUGACCACUGGCAUUCUCCUGGUGGCCGGUUCCAGCGUCACUGCGGGUACAGAGACCGGCGGCCUUCAUACCACCUUUCGGAGGUCCUCUAGUAUCUGCUGCAGGAACAGCUCGUGCGUGUUUAACACGGCUUCUUGUGCGGAGAUCUCUUCCUGCAGGCACUCCAACUUCGCUGGGUCCACGGUAAAGGGAGAUUUUUCUGUCAUGCUGGGGACUGGCAGGCUGGAAACAGAAUCUGCAUCGACGAAUGGUCUACAGCUUGUGAAAGAGGCUCUGCUUGAACAUGAUGAAAAUUUUGCUGUUCGUCCAGCAGUACCACUAUCUGAAGAUAUUAUGUUGAACAAGGGUUUGGUUGGCUCCAGUGGAUAUCAAUGGAAGCAACAAAGAAGGUUUGCUCUCUCUACUCUGAGAAACUUUGGACUGGGGAAGAGAAGUCUUGAGUCACAGAUCCAAGUGGAGUGUAGGUUCCUAAAUGACAUCAUAGACAAGAGUCAAGGCCAGCCAUUUGAACCUGUUUCCGUUGUUAACAAUGCUGUUGCCAACAUUAUCAGUUUUGUGGUGUUUGGUGACCAGUUUGACUACAGCGACAGCUACUUCCAAACACUGCUGAAAAUAAUCAAUGAAGCAGUUUAUUUGGAGGGAAACAUUUGGGCUCAGUUGUACAACAUGUUCCCAUGGCUGAUGCGCAGAUUACCUGGUCCACACAAAAAAAUAUUUUCCCUCUGGGCAAUUGUAAUCGACUUUGAAAAACUAAAAAUUAAGGAGCACAAGGAGGACUGGGACCCUUCAACUCCGAGAGACUACAUUGACAGCUUCCUUUCUGAGAUGGAAAAGAGGAAAGAUGAUGCUGAAGCAGGUUUCAAUGAAGACAACUUGUGUUUUUGCACUCUGGACCUGUUUUUAGCUGGGACUGAAACAACAUCAGCUACCCUGAACUGGGCUUUACUGUAUAUGAUUAAAUACCCAGAAAUACAAGAGAAGGUACAAGCGGAAAUAGACAAAGUACUUGGACCCUCUCAUCCAGCCACCAUGGCAGACAGAGCCAAUAUGCCCUACACCGACGCUGUUAUUCAUGAAAUACAGAGGAUGGGCAACAUUAUACCACUGAAUGUGCCACGUAUGGCUGUAAAGGACACUACAAUUGGAGGAUACACAAUUCCAAAGGGUACUAUGGUGAUGGGAACUUUACAGUCUGUUUUAUUUGAUGAGUCUGAGUGGGAGGCUCCUUUCACAUUUAAUCCUGGCCAUUUCCUGGAUGAGGAGGGCAAGUUCAAAAGAAGAGAUGCCUUCUUGCCUUUCUCAGCUGGAAGCAGGAUGUGUCUUGGGGAGCCACUGGCGCGAAUGGAGUUGUUUCUGUUCUUCACCUCCCUUCUCCAGCAGUUCACAUUCUCUCCACCCCCAGGUGUGGAGCCCACCCUGGAAUUCGAAAAGGGUGUCAUUCUUCGCCCGAAGCCAUACAAGUUAUGUGCUGUACCCCGCUGAGCACAGUAAUGUAACGUAUAACUUCUGGAAGUUUUGAAUUGGAAGUCAGCACAUGUUCAGCUUUGAACUGCAAAAAUAAACCUAUUUUUAGAAAGUGUCUACAGAAAAAAAAAAUCAAUAUUCUUUGGAAAUGCUUACGUUUUAGAUGUAAGCUACAACAUUACAUAUAUAUAAAUCAGUAAUAGUGAAAACACUAAUUUUUGGAAUGUUCUCUGGACUACAGCUACUUUUACUGUAGUUUAUUGAGCUAUAUUUAUUUUACAUUUGGGAACACCCGUUCCUUACACAACAAGGUUAACACAUUCCAUAAACUCACCCUGUAAGGUGGGUUCCCAGUGUGAGGGGAUCAAGUGAAAUUAUUAUUUAUUUUUUUUAAAAAAAAAAUCACAUCCUGGAUGAA